CUCGUCGUCAUUCUCAUGUUCGGUGUUCACAACUCACUUGUCGUCAAUAAAAAUCGUGCUUUAGUUUAAUACAUAUUCGGAAAGAGCGACAGACCAGUCUCAUCAACCUACUAGACCUGUUGAAAAUGGCAGGCCGUCACCUCCUGGCUUCCGUCUUGAAGACGGCGGCUUUCCCGUGCCUCCUCUCCUGGCCUCUCGCCACGUUUUUCCAAGUGCUUCCGGUUUCCGGAAAUUUGCGAGGAAAAUCUGAGAUACCGGAGAUCCCCCCCCCCGACGACGACCACGAAUCUGCAUUCUCCGCCUACGGUUUCUCACCCGGACGCCGCUAACACGGCCGCCCUGUACGACCUUCUUAUGAAAGAAAAGGACCACGACUCGAAGCAGCAGAAGGAGGCUUUGCUCGAUGCUGGGUACCCGGAGACGCAGGUGAUGAAAUUGAUCUUGUUGAGGCGCUUUGUUUUAAGUAACUGCUCUGCUGCUUCCUCGACGUGAGGCAUUUUUUUUGAUAACCACAAAAAGGAUGUGUUGGUGUUGCUGCAGUGUGGUUAUUCAUUUCCAUUCGGAUUUUUUGUACACGUUUACGUCUCAGGUGGAGCUGAUGAUGACCAUGUUAACGGAUCCGGCAAGUGACGCUACGUAUGAAGAACGGGCGAAGAACGUCGCGGCAGCCUACCAGCGCGGUGUUUUUGCGGAUUUUGUCGCGCUGGACCAGGACAAAAACGGGAAGUUGACCGUGAAGGAGUGUCCAGCUUUAGCCUCCUGCGCCGGGCGGGGAAGAGAACAGGGGGCCAACAUCACAGCGAUCGCUACCGCUUGGGCGACAUCGCAUCGAGAAGACGCAACUUCUCUGCAGAUCUCCGCAACCGGCCGGACCGCCGUCGACGUGCGGGAGGCGGAGCUGGUCUGCAACCAGAUGGGCCAGGCUUCCUUUCGGGAGAUGGAACAGUCCACCGCUACGAAAAUGCAGCAGGCUUGGGCGAAAAGACCCAGUUGUGUUUCCGACGGAAUUUGGAGCUGUUGUUCUUCAGCGCCGCAGCAGCUGGAGAAUAAACUCGCCGAAGCAGAAGAAUACAUGGAGGAGUUGACAGACUUGGUCGAGCUCUAUGUUCGGGAAAAAUACAUCAACAAGGUCGCCGACGCAGCCGCAGUUAAGAACAUGGCCAAAGCCGCUUCCCACCUCAUGCUCGCCCGGGACCUCCUCAAAGGAAUGCUGUAG